AUGGUGACCGUCACUUCUCCGGCUGCUGCCAAUGAGCAGGAACAAAAGCGAAAGAAAGCGGCAGCAGACAAGGCUAAAGCUGCUCAUCUCUCAAAACAGUUGCAGAUGCGCCUGCAAUAUGCCCAUCUCAAAGUCGAACACGGAUGGCAACGGCAAAACUUGAAUGAGGUCGAGAACCUGUACUUUCACCACUCCGCUCUCAAGGGCCGCUCUAAACCGACUCCAGUCACUAUUAUUCCUCCAUCACCUGCUCGCGCAUCCAUACCGAGGUCAACAUCUACGCUGCUUAGCAUGUCGCCUCCAGCACUUACACAAACAUCAACUUUAUCUUCGCUUGGCGAGGAUGCAAGCUUCGGUGCCGAAGGCACGGGGUCGAUCGAGCUUCUUGAUGUCAACAUGUUCGAGGCCAAAACACCUUCAGCAUCUGCGGCCUCAUCCUCAGCGCAAUUCAUCACCCACCAUCGCACCAACUCACUUUCCUCAGCCCCGACGUUACCUGCCUCCUUCGCUUCUGCUGGGCGCCCGACUCAUUCGCGCACGGUGUCCACGGACCACGCGCACAUGCAACAGCAAGAUAUUUCGAUGUCUUCGUCGCCAUUUGUAUACACACCGUCGCCGUUUCCCAUCCCCUCGUCCUCCGACGUGGAGAGAAACGGGUCCAACGGCCCGACCACAUUUUCACCUUCACCCUUCGCCCCUUCUGCCCUGCCUCCUACGACCAGUGCAUCGCCCAUGUCCUCCGCAUCCCCAUUUUCCCCUCCCAUACCUGUUUUACCUGCAUCAACUCAGAUGUCUCCAUAUGCACACAUGCCUCUCCCGAAGCCAAGGCCUCUGACCGCAUCCCAUUCCAUGCCUCUUCCCUCUCCAACACCUGUCUCAGCCCCCAUGACGCUCUCAUCCGCUCUCACAGCCCCAAAUGUACUCCAACUGCCGCCGCCGCCACCACAUCAACUAGCACAACUACCAUUGCAACCGCCAUUAUCGCAGCCAACACCCCCACCCCAUCCGACCUCGCCCAUGCCACAUUAUCCUUCGCACGUGCACUUGCAAUCGCAAUCGCACCCACACAUGCAUCCUCACGGGCACCAGCCCGUUCACCAAAUAGCUUAUGGAUACCCGCAGCUCAGCCGGCCCACGAAAACGUUCGACAUCCCCACGGCCGCCCCACAGCAUCCGCCCGGCGGCCCAGGGCAGGGAGCCGGAGGUGGCGCGCCUCUCACGUACGACUCGUUCUGGAACUCUCAUUCGGGCGCAGGAUGGCGGCGGGUUAUCGGGAAGGGGCAGUCUCCAAUUGCCAGUGUGAACGGCGGCGGUAAUGGGUCCGGUGCAGGCGCGAUAGUCGCGGUAGGCGUGAGUGCUGGCGUGAACGGGAGUGUAAGCGGGGCCAUGACAGGGUGGAAGGGGUAG